AUAUGAGAAGACGACACAUAGAAAUUGAGAAAUUGAGGAACCAACCAACCAACAAGGCAACAACACCUCCAAAAAGCAAAAGCCUGAACAUGAUGCUCCACUGCCCUCUCUUUCUCUUCCAGCUGUGUUAGGGUUUCCUCUCUUUUCUUUCCCCCUUUAUUUUUUUUGUUUGAUUCCCAAAGCAAAAGAUUAAAAAAAAAAAGAAAAAAGAGAGAGAGAGAAGUAUUCACCAUCACAGUUCUCAGAGCAAUUUCACAGUGCCAGAGAUUCCCCUAUCAGCUGCAAAAAAACAAAAAUAAGUAAAAAUGCUUCUUUGAUCUUUGCCCUGCCUAUUUUUGUUCUGUUUUGCUCUCUCAAUGGCGUUUGUUUGAUAGCUUGAAAAGUAUGGUCCAAAGAUCAGCAACAAUUCAAAUAGAUUAGCACAAGUGGUACCUUCCAGUGGAUGAAGAUCGUUAAAGCGGUGUCGUUUUGGCUCGCUCUGAGUCCCUGAGGGACAACUCUGCAAGGUGAGGUGUUGUUUGUUUGUGGGAGUCAGAUCGUUGCUGUUGUUAGCAUGAGGUUGCUUCAAAGGCUCUGAUCUCGAAAGAUUUUUAUCGUAUUCUCGUGUUAGUGGCUGUCUCUUGCUGAGGAAACAAAGAUAAACUGCGUGCCACUUCAGCUCUCUCAUUUGCCUCACAGUUUUCGCUGCAAACUCUUCCUGACUCACUAGGCAGAGGAAUCUGCUAAUGGUUGCUUGCUGUUAAAGAGCAAUUGAAGUUGUGGUAGAAGUCACUUGUUGUUGUUGUUGUUCAAACGUUUGGUUGGUUGGUUGGUUGGUGGGGUGUUUGAAUUUUGAGGUAGUUGUUAGAUAUGGCAAUGUCCUGCAAGGAUGGUAAAGCAGGAUUGGAUAAUGGCAAGUAUGUCCGUUACACACCUGAGCAGGUUGAAGCCCUUGAGAGGCUUUAUCAUGACUGCCCCAAACCCAGUUCCAUUCGCCGCCAGCAGCUUAUUCGCGAGUGCCCAAUACUCUCAAACAUUGAGCCAAAGCAAAUCAAAGUUUGGUUCCAGAACAGAAGAUGUAGAGAGAAGCAGAGAAAAGAGGCUUCGCGGUUGCAAGCUGUAAAUAGGAAGCUGACAGCCAUGAACAAGUUGCUGAUGGAGGAGAAUGAUAGGUUGCAGAAGCAGGUGUCUCAAUUGGUGUACGAAAAUGGCUACUUUCGUCAACAUACCCAAAAUAAUACGCUUGCAACCAAAGACACAAGCUGUGAGUCAGCCGUGACUAGUGGUCAGCGCAGUUUGACAACCCAGCAUCCUCCAAGGGAUGCAAGUCCUGCAGGGCUUUUGUCCAUUGCAGAAGAGACUUUAGCAGAGUUUCUUUCAAAGGCUACUGGGACUGCUGUUGAGUGGGUCCAAAUGCCUGGAAUGAAGCCUGGUCCGGAUUCCAUUGGAAUCGUUGCUAUUUCUCAUGGUUGCACUGGUGUGGCCGCAAGAGCCUGUGGCCUAGUGGGUCUAGAACCUACAAGGGUUGCAGAAAUCCUCAAAGAUCGGCCUUCGUGGUUCCGAGAUUGCCGAGCUGUUGAUGUUCUGAAUGUGCUGCCCACUGCAAAUGGUGGAACUAUAGAGCUGCUUUAUAUGCAGCUAUAUGCACCAACCACGUUGGCACCUGCUCGGGACUUCUGGUUGUUGCGCUACACAUCUGUCCUAGAAGAUGGAAGCCUAGUGAUCUGUGAGCGGUCUCUUAAAAAUACACAAAAUGGUCCAAGCAUGCCUCCUGUGCAGCACUUUGUUAGAGCAGAGACGCUGCCUAGCGGGUACUUGAUAAGACCUUGUGAAGGAGGUGGUUCCAUCAUCCACAUUGUUGAUCAUAUGGAUUUGGAGCCAUGGAGUGUUCCUGAAGUAUUGCGUCCACUGUAUGAAUCAUCAACAGUGCUGGCUCAGAAGACAACAAUGGUGGCCCUACGUCAGCUAAGGCAGAUAUCGCAUGAAGUUUCUCAGUCUAAUGUCACUGGGUGGGGUAGACGACCGGCAGCUCUUCGGGCACUUGGCCAGAGACUGAGCCGGGGUUUCAAUGAGGCAGUCAAUGGGUUUACUGAUGAGGGAUGGUCAAUGAUUGGCAAUGGUGCUGAUGAUGUUACAGUUCUAGUGAAUUCAUCACCUGACAAGUUAAUGGGUCUUAAUCUUUCCUUUGCCAAUGGAUUUCCAUCUGUCAGCAAUGCAGUCUUAUGUGCCAAAGCUUCCAUGCUAUUACAGAAUGUGCCUCCAGCCAUUCUAUUAAGGUUCCUACGGGAGCAUCGAUCAGAAUGGGCGGACAACAACAUGGAUGCUUACUCAGCUGCUGCCAUUAAAGUUGGUCCUUGUAGCUUUUCAGGAUCUCGGGUUGGAAAUUAUGGGGGUCAAGUUAUUCUUCCUCUAGCCCACACUAUCGAGCAUGAGGAGUUUCUGGAAGUCAUUAAAUUGGAAGGAAUUGCUCAUUCUCCUGAAGACACAAUAAUGCCCAGAGAAGUUUUUCUCUUGCAACUCUGCAGUGGAAUGGAUGAGAAUGCUGUCGGCACCUGUGCUGAACUUAUAUUUGCUCCAAUUGAUGCAUCCUUUGCUGAUGACGCCCCCCUUCUGCCUUCUGGAUUUCGCAUCAUUCCUCUUGAUUCUGGAAAGGAAGCGUCCAACCCAAAUCGCACCCUUGACCUUGCAUCUGCCCUUGACAUUGGCCCCACUGGAAACAGAGCAUCGAAUGAUUAUUCUGGAAAUUCUGGCUGUAUGAGAUCGGUGAUGACAAUUGCAUUCGAAUUUGCAUUUGAAAGUCAUAUGCAAGAGCAUGUAGCAUCCAUGGCACGACAAUACGUUCGUAGCAUUAUAUCAUCUGUCCAAAGGGUGGCAUUAGCGCUUUCACCUUCUCAUUUGAAUUCACAAGCUGGGCUUAGGACACCACUAGGUACUCCUGAAGCGCAAACACUUGCUCGUUGGAUCUGCAACAGUUAUAGGUGCUACUUGGGUGUCGAGCUACUUAAAUCUAAUAGCGAGGGGAACGAAACUUUACUCAAGUCCUUGUGGCAUCACUCAGAUGCAAUAUUGUGCUGCACUCUAAAAGCAUUGCCCGUGUUCACUUUCGCAAACCAGGCAGGGCUUGACAUGCUGGAGACUACCUUAGUUGCUUUGCAAGACAUAGCUUUAGAGAAAAUAUUUGACGAUCAUGGUCGAAAGAUUCUCUGCUCAGAGUUUCCCCAAAUUAUUCAACAGGGUUUUGCCUGCCUUCAAGGUGGUAUGUGUCUCUCAAGCAUGGGGCGACCGAUCUCAUAUGAAAGAGUAGUGGCUUGGAAGGUGCUGAACGAAGAAGAGAAUGCUCAUUGUAUUUGCUUUACGUUUAUGAACUGGUCUUUUGUUUGACAUAUGAUAUGAUUAGAGAACAGGAAUCGAUGUGUUAAAAAAGACUAUGCACUCUUUUUUAAGACAUGUUUUGCUGCUUGGUGUUUUGCUGUAUUUUGCUGUGAAGACUUGGAUUUGCAUGUAAAGACUACUUAUGUGUUA